AUGGGAGUUAAGAGAACACCUUUGACCCCCCUCCUCCAACUCCUCGAGGGCCAACCAGGGCAGGAUACACAGGAAAUACCACAACCUGAUGCUCCUCCCCCACCGCCACGGCCCCUUACCAUCCAAACUCGGUCAUCCUCUACCAAAGCCCAACCACAAUCCACUCGCCCUGAACCUCCCAUUUCCUCCCAGCCAGCUCGGCCUCCUCGACCUGAAAGUGCUGAACCCAAGAGAAAAAGGAGCCCCAAGGGCAAGGAUGUUGUGGACAAGGGAAAGUCCCAACCUCCUAAGGAGAAGGAUGAGGCUCCGCGCACGAAACAACUGAAGACCGGAUACCAGGGCAAGGGCAAAGAAGCUGAAGCCCAAACCUCUCAAGGCAAAGGAAAAGGGAUUGAGUCCCAGUCCCUACCGAGCGCCUGGCUUCCUGCCCCGAUGCUUCACGGGGGUCCACUGCUGGAAACGGCUCUCCAGGCGACCUACAGGAUGGAGGAAGAGGUGAAUAACAGGAGUAAGGCGGCCGAGAAUGAGCGCAAGAAGCGCAUUACGGCCUCGAAGACUCUCGAAUCUUCUGAGGAAGAACUUGCCAAAGUCAAGGCCGACCUAGUAAUAACUACCCGCGAGAGGGAUAACGUCUCGGCGGGUCUAGCUAGCGCCCAAAGACAGGCCGAGGACCAAACAAAACGUGUACUGGAAGCCGAGGACCAGUUGCGAAUAGCCAAAAGCCUGAUUGAGGAUUUAAACAAGCAGCUGGCCGCGGCUGUGCAUGAAAAAGGAGUGGCCGAAUAUGCCCGUGAUGAAGCCGCGGAGAGCAUAUUCUAUCCGGCGGCCAUCCGCGAGGUCUCCUCUACCCACUCCGUGGCUACGGAGGAUCAACCCGAGGAGGAGAUCACCCCGUCGGAAGACUUACAGGCCAGCGGCUCCGCUGGCAAGGCGCCCAAAGAGGGAGAAUUUCAGGAUGUGACAGUAAAAUCCCAGCAUACGGGUCCUGAGGCCCCUAAAGAGGUUUCGGAGCCCGUGGCUGGCAUUCAGGUGCCUAGUACAGAGGAGCCAACCACACUUGCACAGCCGCCACAGGCCAUUCCCGUUGCUGUGGUCCCUCAGAGUACCGGUGCUGGCCCUGUUCAGCCUUCCCCCGAAGGGACCAUCCUUCCAGGCAUCGAAGCUGAGUCUGUUCCCUCCUCUCAGGACGUGACUGACGAAAAAGCAGAAAAGUAG